AACAAGAAGCCGAACGAUAUAUUAGAUUGUGUCUCGAAAAUUGUUCAAAUCUCGCAGAAUAUGAAAUCAUUCACAAUAUUUCAGCAAUAUUUAGAAACAUAAGAAGUCCAUCUUCUUAAUCCUUUGGGUCCGUUCUCUCAAUUCUCCGGGAAGAGUGUAUUUGAGCAGUUUAAAAGUCGUGUUUUUCUGAACUGGCCAACACAUCAACAUGAGUCUCAAAUCUAAAAAAGAACCUAAAAUGCGGAUUCGUGCCUUUCCCAUGACAAUGGAUGAAAGGUACGUGAACAACAUCUGGAACUCCCUGAAAAAUGCCAUACAAGAAAUACAGAAAAAGAACAACAGUGGCUUGAGUUUUGAAGAGUUGUACAGAAAUGCAUAUACAAUGGUCCUUCACAAGCAUGGAGAGAAGUUGUAUACAGGACUCAGGGAGGUCGUCACGGAACAUUUGGUAAAUAAGGUGCGAGAAGAUGUCCUUACUUCGUUAAAUAACAAAUUCCUGCAGACGUUGAACAGCGCAUGGAAUGACCAUCAAACAUCAAUGGUCAUGAUCAGAGACAUCCUAAUGUACAUGGACCGAGUAUACGUCCUACAGAACAAUGUAGAUAACGUCUACAACCUCGGCCUGAUCAUCUUUCGAGAUCAAGUGGUGCGAUUCCCUGUCAUCAGAGACCAUCUACGACAAACGUUGUUAGAUAUGGUUGCCAAGGAACGGAGAGGAGAGGUCGUAGAUAGAGGCGCAGUAAAGAAUGCGUGCCAGAUGUUGAUGGUCCUGGGUAUAGAAUCAAGGGCGGUGUACGAAGAAGAUUUUGAAAAGCCAUUCUUAGAGCAGUCAGCCGAGUUCUAUAGGUCUGAAAGUCAGAAAUUCCUAGCUGAGAACAGUGCGUCAGUGUACAUAAAGAAGGUCGAAUCGAGAAUAAACGAGGAGGCGGAGAGGGCAUCGCAUUAUCUUGACAAUUCCACAGAGGACGAGAUCGUGAAAGUUUUAGAGAAAGAACUCAUAAAAGAGCACAUGAAAACGAUAGUAGAAAUGGAAAAUUCUGGGGUUGUACACAUGCUCAAAAACAACAAAACAGAAGAUUUAGCUUGUAUGUACAAGUUAUUUAGCCGAGUGGAAGAGGGCCUCAAGACCAAGGUUAGCUGUAUAAGUGCAUAUUUGAGGGAACAAGGCAAGGCGUUAGUAGCAGAGGAGGACGGGGGGAAGAAUGCAAUCGCUUUCGUACAGAGCUUACUAGACCUCAAGGACCGCUUCGACCAUUUCCUUCACCAGUCUUUCGGAGAUGACAUGCUUUUCAAGCAGAAGAUCUCAAGCGACUUUGAAUAUUUUAUCAACUUAAAUCAGAAGUCGCCAGAGUACCUGUCAUUAUUUAUUGACGAUAAACUGAAGAAGGGUGUCAAGGGGAUGACCGAGCAGGAAAUCGAGACUGUCCUGGACAAGAGUAUGGUGCUGUUCCGCUUCCUUCAAGAGAAGGACGUGUUUGAACGUUACUACAAACAGCAUCUGGCCAAGAGACUACUGCUGAAUAAAAGUGUAUCGGAUGAUUCAGAAAAGAACAUGAUCUCAAAAUUAAAGACCGAAUGUGGGUGCCAGUUCACUUCCAAACUGGAGGGAAUGUUCAAAGAUAUGACGGUGUCGAAUACAACAAUGGAAGAAUUCAAAGCUCAUGUGCAACAGUCGGCGGUCUCCCUACAAGGUGUUGACUUGUUUGUCCGCGUGUUGACGACCGGUUUCUGGCCUACGCAGUCCGCCACGCCCAAGUGCAAUGUUCCCCAUGCAGCCAGGACAGCCUUCGAAACAUUCAGACGGUUCUAUUUAGUGAAACACAACGGCAGACAGCUGACGUUACAACCUCAGUUGGGAUCGGCCGAUUUGAAUGCGACGUUCUUUGGUGCCAAGCGCGAGGAGGGAGACAACGGUUCCGCCGGUGCCAGUAGCUCAUCCAAAGGUCCACGAAAACACAUCAUCCAAGUCUCGACGUAUCAGAUGUGUAUACUUAUGUUGUUCAAUAAUAGAGAUAAAUUUUCUUAUGAUGAAAUAAAAAACGAGACGGACAUCCCAGAGCGUGAUCUAAUGCGUGCCAUUCAAUCGUUAGCAUUAGGAAAGAUGACGCAGAGAAUCCUAGUAAAAGAACCAAAAAGCAAAGAGGUAGAACCGACCGAUUGGUUUUCUGUGAACGACCAGUUUACGUCGAAGUUAUUCAGAGUGAAAAUACAGACGGUUGCAGCAAAGGGUGAAUCGGAACCCGAGAGGAAAGAAACGAGAAGUAAAGUAGACGAAGAUAGAAAACAUGAGAUCGAAGCUGCUAUAGUUAGGAUAAUGAAGUCGAGGAAAAGGAUGCAACACAAUGUUCUAGUCUCAGAGGUUACCGAACAACUAAAAGCACGAUUCCUUCCCAGCCCAGUAGUAAUUAAAAAGAGGAUAGAGGGUCUAAUUGAAAGAGAAUAUCUAGCACGAACGCCGGAGGAUAGGAAAGUCUACACCUACGUGGCCUAAAUGUUCCCUACAACUUUUGAUCGUCAAAGAAAACUUCCGCUCACGUUGCUGGAUGUUUAAUAUAUAUAAAUACCUAUAUAUAUAUCUGUACAGAAGUAUAAAUAUUACGCUUUGUAAAAUUGCACGCUGUAUGCAGUGGAACAUGGACCUAGCGUGGAAUCUCAGCCAACGUGAUUAUUUUCUUAGACGUUUCUUCGUUCCUCAGGCCGAGUGUGUUCGAUUCUGUGUUUGCCAUCCUUGUGAAUGGAGGAACAGAUGAGUGUACCAAAUUGUAAAGGUCAUUCCAUACCAAGCUCAAAUGCAGGGCAUGUUAGUGUCCCCUGUUGUCACUGGCACUACUGGAGUUGAUAGCCUAAGUUUGGAAGAUUUCGUUGAUGUUUCCAUUGGGGUGUGGGUAGAAAAUAUUAGAAAUAGUUCUAGGCUUAACUUGGGUGCACAUUAAGCUAGAAAGCAUUUUUAUUGGAGCAAAAAGAAGAGAUAAACCUUCAAUGUGGUUUUAGGAUUGUAAAUACAGAAUCGGCUGCUCUGGGCCUUCGAGGAAUGACCUGUUGUCUUCAACACAUCCUUUAUCCCGUGUGUGCGUCUGAUCCAACACUGUCGUUGUUGUGGACUAUGCAGUUCAGCGGAAUAUUUCCAUAGUGACGAUUCAGCAAAAUUGCUGUUGUGGAUUGUAGGAGUCAGAUGAAGAAAACAUUUCAAGAGUCGAAGGAAAUUAGGGAGUCUGACUUGUGUAGAGUUGUUUUUAAUUCAUUCAAUUAUUGGAAUAAGGUUGGGUUUAUUUGUUGAAUUCGUUCUCAACUAUUGUGGUGGACCACUGUAGUGGUUAUGGUUCCAGUGUUUCCACUUGGACCAUGAAUGAGGAUGGGGUGUUGUUAGUGGGUUUUGGAGUCUUGGAAGCCGUACAUGUAGUGUUUUAGAACGAGUCGAGUGUUUCUAGCUCGGAGGAGCUCUUGUGAUCUCCCGCACUAGGGAGUUGAGGACUAGACUCUUUUAGGACUCGGACAUGUUCAAAUCUCUUUUGAACACUGAAGAUAUUUCUUGGAUAGUGUAUCAAAUUCCCUUGGGAAGCGGGUUGGUUUUUAGUUUCCUUCAAGCCAGUACAGAUGUGCAUGACAGUGUUGUUCGGUAUACUCCUUUGAGACCUUUGAAUCAACACCACAGUCAGCAAUUGGAACAAGAUUUCCAGAUUUUACAUCAUGUCAUGCAUCUGCAUGCAUAACUGGACCCAGAAAUCUGGGCAUUUUGUCUCAACUUCUGCCAACCUUAAAUUCCUCCAAGGAGUAUGAUAUUGAGUGACAGCAAGGAAAAGAAUACUUCAGGUACGCUGUUGUGACAAGAGACUAGUGAGGAUUUUUUAAUGGGGUUAGGGCUUAUUUUCUGAUGUGUCUUCCACACAAUCUGUAUUAUCAGACUAGUGGUCAGUACUUUUGUUAAUGCUUUUGAGUCGCGUGUGAGUCAUGCACUAGCAAAAGAACCAGAACUAUCUUCAGUGUUAAAGCCAGUAAAGAGUGGAAUUGUGGAUUAUAGGGUCUAUUUUGAAUGAGAAGCAUCGCUUAGAGUCAUUUCUUGGCAUGCUGCUGAUGUUAUUUUGUUUAUCGGAAUGGUUUUAAAUAUUUGCGUAAAUUUGACCGAGGACAAAUUUCAUGGAUAGACUUUGGUAAGACGAACAUUCCUUAGUGAAACUGCAUGAAUAUCCAUAGGUGGGACAUACACUGAACAUUCAGUGAUGGGAUUAGUACUUGUUCCGUGUGGUCAAAAGAAACUUCACCAACAUAAAAAUUGUGAAAAUUUUAUUUUUAUGAGGCUCGAACAUUUUGGGCUUAUAGUGUCAACAAAUGAAUGCUUGUGUAGGCGUAAUGUAUAGUUGUACAUAGUUUGCUUGGUAGAUUUUGAUGAAAAUGAACAGUUGAGUUUUAAACCAUCUAGGUGAACAUCAGCAUUUGUUUUGUAGACCUCGAAGUUGUGUUCACUGAACCACAUUGUCAAUCCCAGUACAAUGCAACAAAAUGUUGUCGACUUUUAUUGAUUCAAAGUUUAUGCACCAUAAGCGACUUAAGGUGACCUAUCUUCGGUCGAUGGACCUGCCCAGGUACGACAGUUUUCAUAUCACAGCUGGGAGGAGAUGGAUGGAAUCCACGAUUGUUGAUUCCCGAUAUUGAGACGGUUAAUUCUAAUCCAUGAAAUCUGCCCUCGGUCGUCAGACGUCAGUCAUUGUUUAAAUGUUACAAAGUUCCCCACUAGGCCAAGAUCCUAUUUUGUAAAUACAUUUGAUUCUGUGGUCUGAGAUCAUGGAAUUAGUGCCGAGGGGCCAGGGACGCGGGGAAUCCUAUAUGAGGCGUUUAAAAUCCAAUGUUGUCAGAACGGUAGUUUCCAUUCAGCCUUGUUCCAUAUUUUCCUGUCUGUUUCUCUGAAUCGCCUGAUUUCACUGGGUUAGAAAUAUUAGAUUGGACUCCAUGGAGGCUAAUUCUAAUUCAAAGAUUUAUGCAGUGCCAUUGUACAGUUCCUGAGUGUGAUUCUGUGUAAACUUAGAUAUCAGAAUUUGGCCCAUAAUGAAAUAAACACAGUUUACAUUGAUUAGCCAGUUGAUGGAAGGGCCUGACUGCUGAUACAGAUGCACUUAACUGUACAGCAGCUCCAACUACUUCUACUAGAAAUACACAUAGCUCUGCACAACCCUAUCGAAAACAGCAGUUCUAGAUCAGCCUGGUGCAAAUGAAUUUGACUGUGUUAGUAUUGCACUCAGAUUGUGAUUGGUGAAGUUUUAUUCAGGUCUUGUGCGAUAUGUGGUCCCUUUCACAUUUCCGAUGACAAGUGAUCAGUUUGUGUGCACGUUUUUGACCCAAAUAGAUGAAUAAGCUCAAAGUAUAGUCCCUUGAAUUGCUAGUAUUUGUAAGUUUGCUUCUUGCAGUAGGCAACGGAACCAAUCACUCAAACUGUAUUGUGUUUACAAGGAAAAUAAAUUAAAAAUCAAUGCU